AACCUUAAAUCAUAAGCCACCGCCCCCGGACAUCUUCUCUCUCCUCCCCAACCUCCGAUCGCCAAUCUUAUCCGGACAAUAAGCGGCUACAGUACUAAUUUGCACAACAAGACAUUAUUAUAUACAUCACAUUCUGCUUCGGCCCCUUUGCAGAGGGGCUCCUCGGUCUAUUUCGAAUUCCGCGCUUAAAAGGGUCCCCCCCAGUGGGUAUAGAGACAAGAGGCGACUCCGGGCGCAAAACCGAAGCCACUACACUAACGACUCCUUUAAACGUACCUGCAAACGACGUCACGAAAUUCUUCAAGCUCGCCGCGAUUCUCAUUACAGCACACAAAUACACACACUCACACACGCAAACACACAGGGGCGCCGGUGUAUCCCUCAAUACCACACUACCACAUCAUCAAUUAUUCCCAGCGCAACAUGCGAUAGCCCUCAGCCACGUCUCCUCGCAAGCCGAACGAAUCCACCUGGGUCGAGAGUCGCUCCCUCGCCGCGAUCCUCGUCACCUCGACAUCCAACCCCAUCCACCAUGCCGCCCUACACCAAUGUACAAUCUCACCGCGACUCCCUCGAGCUCGCCUCCCUCGCCUCCUCCUCCCGCGUCGACUCAGCCGCCUCGGACAUUCCUUCCUCUCGACCCUCCAUCUCCUCUUCCCGCAAGCUCUCCUUCGACGCCGAAGACCCUCUUGACGCUGCGAAUCCGGCCGCGAGCGCCGGCAGACCGAACCGCCAUGACCGCUCGUAUUCCGUUUCUUCGGGCUUCGAUUUCGCCGCGAACCUGUUUCCCCUGAGCUCCACUGCCGGCGCCGCCGGCGGCGGCUACGCUCCUAUCGGCGCGCCGACCUCGACGGCAAUACAGAACGGCGGGCUGGGCGGCGGCAGCCUCGAGAAGCACAAGACGCUCACGUACCUCAAUGGCUUGAGUCUGAUCGUGGGCCUCAUCAUAGGGAGCGGCAUCUUCUCCAGCCCCAGCCAAGUGAGCUCUAAGGUCGGCUCGCCUGGCGCCGCACUCGUAGUGUGGGUGAUUGCUGGCGUGCUGGCAUGGACGGGCGCGGCGAGCUACGCGGAGCUUGGCGGCGCAAUACCGCUGAACGGCGGCGCCCAAGUUUACCUCGCCAAGAUCAUGGGCGAAAUGGCUGGGUUCCUGUUCACGUGGGUGGCGGUCCUGGUACUCAAACCCGGUAGUGCCGCCAUCAUCGCCAUCAUUAUGGGGGAAUAUCUCGUUCGGGCGGCGAUCGGCGCGGAGGCGGAGAGCCUCAGUCCGUGGGUGAACAAGGCGGUGGCCUUGGUGGCGCUGGUCGCGGUGACGGUGCUCAACUGCGUGUCGACGAAGCUGGGCACCAAGGUAAACGACUGGCUCAUGUUUCUCAAGUUCAUCGCGCUGCUAGGCGUGACUGUGACGGGCGUCGUCGUUGCAAUCACUGGCAAGACCCUGACAGGUAAGGCCAACAUGGAGUGGAAGACGCACGAGUGGUUCGCUGGCACGUCAUCGGAUCUCUCUGCUUGGGCAGUAGCCCUGUACGCGGGCCUCUGGGCCUAUGAUGGCUGGGACAACACAAAUUACGUCGUUGGCGAGUUCCGAAACCCGAGCCGGGACCUCCCUCGCGUCAUCCAUACGGCGAUGCCGCUCGUGAUCUUGUCCUACGUUCUGGCCAACAUCGCCUACUUCCUCGUGCUCCCCCAGGCCGCCAUCAACGCCUCCAACACAGUCGCGGUACAGUUCGGCGCAAAGGUAUUUGGGCCUGUCGGCUCUCUCGUGCUCGCGUUGAUCGUCUCGGCGUCUUGCUUCGGCGCCCUGAACUCGUCAACCUUCACGUCAUCGCGUCUGGUCUAUGUCGCGGGCAAAGAAGGGUACAUCCCCUCCGUCUUUGGCAGUAUCGGGCUGUCUCGGUCAGAAGGCCACUCGGUGACGACCUCGCGAACCUCGCGUGGGCGUGUUGCAAAUCUCCUAAUCCGUAUCCUCGGCGACGAUGACAUGGGUCUCUUCUACACCCCCGUCUGGGCGCUUGUGCUCAACGGCCUGCUGACGGCUGCCUACAUCAUUGUGGGCGAGUUUGGCACCCUGUUGACCUUUUACGGUGUCGCGGGAUACACCUUUUACUUCAUCACAGUACUGGGGCUGAUCAUCCUCCGCGUACGCGAGCCACAGCUCGACCGCCCAUACAAGACGUGGAUCACAACGCCCAUCAUCUUCUGCUGCGUCUCGCUGUUCCUGCUGAGUCGUGCCGUGUUCGCGCAGCCGCUGCAGACGGUGACGGUGGUGUUGUUCGUCGUCGCCGGCGUGCCCGUGUAUUUUUGGCGCAUCCGCGGACGGGACCAGCAGGUCAUCAAGCGCGAGACGAGGCAUCAACUGGAGCACGAGGGGCGUUCGUGGUGGCAGUUUUGGAAGCGUUGAUGAUGAUGGGAAGCACGGCGAGGUUCCUUUUUUUUUUGGCUAUGGAGACGGUCUUGCUAUGGGUA